AAGCGAAGAAGACUUUUAUUAAAAUUCAACAUAGAGUGAAUAUAUAAAUAGCUCACUGUGGUAUAUGGUUGAAAGAAGAUUGAAUAAUCUAACACCCAUCAAAUGUGACAAAAUGAUGGGUACAUGAUGGUCUAUUGCGACAAUGUCCUAUGGUUGUUGUUAGUGAUAUUAAUACAAAUAACAAGUUGGCUAUCAAUUGGUGAUUGCCAAGCUGCAGCCGACAGAUGUCCUAGUUUCACUGUAAAUCCAUCGUGUCCAUGUUAUAAUUUUGAUGAUGGAAUAUUUCUGGAAUGUCCAGCUGCAACAGCAGAAUCAUUACGAGCUGUUCUCAAAGUGGUAUCCGGCCCGAUACAGUCACUUAGCGUAUACGAUUUGGAUAAAUCAAUCACAAUACUUACAUCAAAUUUAUUCCCUGAUAAUGCGGUGAUCAAACAUUUACAAAUAUCUCAAUCGAAUUUACAAGAUAUACAUGAUAAUGCGUUAUUCUUAUUAAAGCCCGAACUAGAAUCAUUGAGCUUAGUUUCGGGCAAAAUCCAACAAAUACCACAAAAAGCCUUUGGUGGCCUAUUAAAAUUAAUUGCAUUAGAUUUAGAAUCAAACGAAAUCAAAGAUCUACCAAGUUACAGUUUUUAUGGCUUACAUUUGAUUAAAUUAAAUGUAAAAGGCAAUCAAGUUCAAAAAAUAUCGGAAUAUGCCUUCGCUGGAUUGGAAGAUACAUUGGCCGAAUUGGAUUUGGCCGAAAAUAAAUUACCUUUCUUUCCUAUGACAGCAUUGCGACGAUUAGAAGGUUUACGUGCAUUGAGACUUGCAUGGAAUGAAAUUAGCACAAUUCCAGAUGAUGGAUAUUCACGUUUGGAAUCGCUCACAUUUUUAGAUUUAAGCUCAAAUAAUUUUGAAGAUUUACCAGAAGAUUGUUUUCGACCGUGUCCAUCAAUUAAAACAUUAUCGUUGUAUUAUAAUUCAAUUGAGACAUUACAUCGUUAUGCAUUUAACUCGUUAUCAAAUUUAGAAACGAUUGAUUUAAGCCAUAAUAAAAUUGUGUAUUUGGAUCCGGUUACUUUUCAGAAUAAUAAAAAAUUACGCACUGUUGAUGUUAGUCAUAAUCAUGUACAUUAUAUUAGUGGUGUUUUUAGUGGUUUACCUGAUCUAAUUGAAUUGUUUUUAUCCGAAAAUAAUAUCUUAGAAAUACCAUCGGAUGCAUUCACCGAUUCACAAUCCAUAUCCGUCAUAUAUUUACAACAAAAUGCAAUUCGACGUAUCGAUAAGGAAUCGCUUAGUACGUUAAGCAAUCUUGCACAAUUACAUUUAAGUUCAAAUUUUAUACCAGAUCUACCACAGAGCUUAUUUCAACAAACAGUAAAUUUAACAAGUUUAAGUUUGGAUGAUAAUUGGAUUGCUGGCUUGGAACCAAAUACAUUUAAUCAAUUAUCGCAUUUAAAAGAGAUUCGUUUACAUAAUAAUCGUAUCGCUAAUAUAAAACGAGGUGUAUUUGAUCCGCUACCAGCAUUAUUAGAAUUACAUUUACAGAAUAAUGUGAUACAAUCGAUUGAAUCCGGUGCAUUUCGUAGUUUAACUAGUUUACAACAUGUAAAUCUGCAAGGAAAUAUGUUAACAAGCUUAGGUGAUGUAUUUUUACAUGAAUCACCAUCAUUGGUUUCAAUACAACUCGAUUCAAAUAGUAUUUUUACAUUACAUAAUGAUUCAUUACGUGGCCAAUCCAGUGUACAAAUCAUGUGGCUUGGACAUAAUCGUUUAACACGAAUUGAUAAAACAUUAUUCAGUGAUUUACUUUUAAUUCAACGAGUUUAUUUAACUAAUAAUAGUAUAUCACAUAUUGAAGAUCGUACAUUUGAACCGAUGCAAGCUCUUAAAUAUUUAGAUUUAAGUAUGAAUAACUUAAAACAUAUUUCAAAAAACACUUUUGCAGAAUUACAUGAAUUAGAAGAAUUAUAUUUAGCUGAUAAUGGUUUGGAAGUAAUUGAAGCAUACGCAUUAACAAAUUUAAAGAAAUUACGUACAUUAGAUUUGGCAAAUAAUCAUUUAAUGGUUUUACAUGAUUUAAUAUUUCAAGAGAAUUUACCAAUACGUGUAUUAAAUUUAAGAAAUUGUUCUGUAUCGAAAAUUGAAAAGAAUGCGUUUCAUGGUUUGAAUAAUUUAAAUGAAUUGAAUUUAGAAUGGAAUAAAUUGGUGUCAAAUGAUUUGAAACAUUUGGAUAUACCUGGUUUGCGUGUACUACGUGUAUCAUACAAUAAUUUUAGUGAUAUUUUCCCCACAGCAAUCGAUGGUUUACCAGCCUUACAAACGAUAUUGUUAGAUAAUUCACAUAUAUCGACAAUACCAAGUACAUUAUUUAAUAAGAAUAAAAAUCUAUUAAAAAUUGAUUUAAGUUCAAAUAAAAUACGUGAAUUAAAACAUGGUGUUUUUGAAAAUUUAAAUGUAUUAAAAGAAUUAAAAUUAAAUAAUAAUGCAUUACAAGAAUUACCAUACACAGCAUUGUUAAAUAUCAGCACAUUAGAGAUUUUAUCAUUAUCCAAGAAUUUAUUUACAAGUUUGGAAGUAUCACAAUUGAAUGGUUUACCCAAUUUAAAAGAAUUAGAUUUAAAAAAUAAUGAAAUUGCAACAUUAACUGGUUUUGCUACAGCAAAUUUAACACAAUUAUUAUCAGUUGAUCUAAGUUCGAAUAGUUUAACAGCAUUACCUGCUAAUUUUUUUCAUCAUUCAACAACAUUACGUCGAAUGGAUUUAUCAAAUAAUCGAUUUCGACAAAUACCAACGACUUCUUUAUCGGAGCAAACGUUACCAAUGUUAUCAUGGUUAAAUUUGACUGGUAAUCCAUUAGUGCGUAUUCAUGAUGUUGCAUCGUCACAUCAAUAUCCAGCAUUAGAAGAGAUUCAUAUCAGUAAAACGAAUUUAACUGUCGUUACCAGUAAAGAUUUUGAAGUGUUUCCAAUGUUGGUUCACUUAUUUCUAGGUGAGAAUCGUAUAUCACGGGUAUCGCCUAGCGCAUUCAUCAGUUUACCACAUUUAGUGACAUUGGAUUUGGGCGUCAACGAACUAGAACUAUUGCCACAAGAGCGUUUACACGGCCUACAUGAAUUGAGUAUAUUAAAUUUAACACAUAAUCGUUUAAAAGAUUUAGAAGAAUUUCCAAAUGACUUAAAAUCAUUACAUAUAUUGGAUUUGUCUUACAAUCAAAUUAGUCGAAUCAGUAAAGGAACAUUUCAUAAUUUAGAAAAUUUAGGUGAAUUGUAUUUAUUUGGUAAUUGGAUAUCAGCAAUAUCUGUGGAUGCAUUUCGACCAUUAAAAAAAUUACGAUUGUUGGAUUUAAGUCGAAAUUAUUUAGAAAAUUUGCCAUUAAACGCCUUCCGUCCUCUGGAGACACAAAUUCGCAGUUUAAAAACUGAAGAAAAUCCAUUAUAUUGUGGCUGUGAAUCACAAGAACUAUGGGAAUGGCUUAGAGACCAUCAAAAAUUGGUGGGACCAGAAACAAGAGGUUUACGUUGUGAACAACCUUUAGAAUUACGUGGUCUUGUCUUUUUGGAUUUGGAGCCUCAACAAUUUUGUGACGUGCCAUUAAUAUUAAAAUUGGCAAUACAAGAUAUUCAACCAUUUUCAGUUUUAGUUUCAUGGCAAAGCCGAAAUCAUUCUGGAUUGCAUAGUUACCAAAUUGCGUAUCAUGCUGUUGAAUCAUUCUAUGAGUUUCAGAUACUUGGAAAAUUAAUGAACCGAUACAGUCGCUCCGUGCUUCUGGACAAACUAACACCGAAUACAAAAUAUUUAAUAUGUGUAUUAGCAUUGGGCAAUUGGGCAUCACCAAGUACAAUAAAUCCACAUAUAAUGCGUGCAAGUGACAAUGAUACACAGUAUCAUGAAGUAACUGAAAUAUUUGGUGAUAGUAUGUUACCAUUAUUAACAGAUUCGCCAACAUCACGAUGCACAGAAGUGCGUACAUUAGAAGCACCAAUAACAAUACAUACGGGAGAACCGAGAAGUAUAAGUGAUCGUUCUGGUGUCACGUCAGUGUUGACAAGACGUUUAGGUUUAAUCAUUGGUUGUUGUAUGGGUUUUGUUGUAUUUGUUGUUUUGGUAUCAGUAUUAGGUUAUUUAAAAGUGAAAAAACAACGAACAACUGAGAAACGUAAUCAACCGAUACCACCUGAAUAUAUAUCAUACAGACAUUUUUCAAUACAAAGUGGUGAAGCAAAUGCUCAAGGUAGUCAUCCACAUUUUAUUACGACAAUGGGAACAACAUCCCUUAAUUCAUAAAACAAAAAUUUGAUCAAGAGAUAAAAUAUUUAGGUUAGUCAACCAAAAACAUGUAUUCAUCUAAACCUCGCAAAAAAUAUAAUGCACCUAUUGACCUGAAAUACGUGUUUUUUUACCCGAAUGAGCUACGUAAAGGAGUGGUAAUGUGUUAAUCAGUCUAUAUAUGUAUGUUUGUUCCUAAUUACGAGCCACCAGUGCUGGAUUACCCAUUAGACCGGACUAGGCCAUGGCCUAGGUCCCCCGACGGGCAGGGGC